AGGACGUAACGGAUCAACAUCGUCUAACAUGGACCGGACCGGAGCUUCUCCCGUGUUCCUGCCACUUCCACUCAGAAACCGAUAACCGGCGUGUUGAAAAUGUCUCUUUUUCUUCCUUUGCUGCUGAACCUUCUCUUUAGUUCGGAGUUUAUCCUCAAGAAGUCCGAUUUAAAAGUUUGAAACCACCGGCGCUUCUCCUGUGGGAACUUCUCUACAACGCUAACUUUGGAAAGAGCGGUUUCUCUCAUGGAUGCAGAGACACUGUCGGACUGUUUAAACACCUUUUUCUGAUUUUUUAAAAAAGCCUUUUUUGGGAACUGAAAGCGGACUAUUCUCGUGGGGAAGAAAACACUCCUCAUCCUCCAGAACUUCUCAUCUCCUGCUGUUAGCUAGCUAGCUACAAAGAAUGCAAUGUUCUGGUCAUCUUGCUAGUUUCGUUGUGUUUGUGUAAAGAAAAGAAAAAAACAACUGGAGACCAUAAUGAUUUCGGAGGAGAGAAGCAGCCACGUAAAUAAACAAGCCCUGAACUUCCCUGUGGGUUUACUCAUCCGCUCUCCCAAGAAGCGCCUGGCCAAGCUGGGCAGGAAACCCAGCAAUGGAUCUCUGCAAUCCAAUAACUCGGACAGCACUGUCCGCUCCACUGACAGCGUGGGUGUCCGGCAGCCAGCCAAGAGCAAAAUCCGCCGCCACAACAACAGGCUUUCAACUGUUUUCAACCACAGCCCCAACUUACGGGAUGGCGGACGGCGCGGCCAGGGGAUGGGCAGCGGGACUCUGUCCGGAGACAUCCAGGCCGCAGACGACCCAGCAGAGCUGUCCAGCCAAUUGUCCGUCCCUGGCAUCCUGAAGAUCUUUGGCAGUGACAUCUGUCAGGGGACCAACUACAAGAGUGUGCUGGCCACCACUCAGUCCAGUGCAAAGGAGCUGGUGAAGGAGGCUUUAGAGAGGUACUGUCUGGAAAAAGAAGACGCCAAUGACUAUGUGUUGUGUGACGUGAUUGGCCAGACGGGUGCUGAUAACCAGUGGAAGAGGGAGUGCUUCAGGGUGGUGGGUGACAACGAGAGGCCCCUCAUGCUGCAGUCACUCUGGAAACCCAAGGAAGGCUUCUCCAGGCGAUUUGAAAUCCAGCGACGAGCGAGUGUCGAAGAGCAGAGUUUAAAGGAUAGAGACACAGUCACAGCAGGUAUCAAUGCUCAGGCUCGUAAGCUGCAGAAGAGCCGUUCCAGAGUGACCUCCCUGUUUGUGGACGGCAGCGGGGAGGACGUGGACGGACUCGGCUUCUGGAGGAGCUUGAGUGAGAUGGAUCUGUCUGCAAUGGGGAAGGAGGCCAGCCGGGCGCAACAGAGCGCGCUCAGAGAAGAUCCCGAGGCCGAGGCCGACAAGGAGGUGCUGCGGCUCGGCAUGGAGAAAGAGGAGACGGAGAGCAGCGACGACAACACCACCCAGUACUCCAUCCACCCACCAUUUGACUUUCCGUACUUCCUCCUACUGCAGGGCUACAGCCACAGACAGGAUUUUGUCAUCUACUUGAUGAGUGGGACCACCACCAUCUUUGGCUGCUGCAGGGAGCACAGUAACGGCGAAGACGAGGAGAGAUUAAAGGUAGACAUCCUUCUUUUUGCUCCCGAUGUGUUGCCACAACACUGCUGCGUCAGACGCCUGGACUCGAACAACCAGACCUCCACAGGAGAGCACAAAAAGACAAUGACGAUGCUGAAGCCUCUUCACGGUGCUCCUGUGACCCGAAAUGGUUUUCUUCUGAAAGAGGAGGUAGAACUGAAUCCAGGAGAUCUGGUAGGCUUGGGGAAACACUACUUGUUCAUGUUUAAGGAUCCUACCAGCGCAUCAGGGUCCCUCCACACCCCUCCUUGGAUGACCAGACUCUGCCCGAAUGCUGACUCAAAAACCUCAUCCUCUUGUUCAUCGUGCGGCUCCUCUGUCACCAUAAAAAAGUUCCAGAGGAAGCCGUUACCGCCUCGUUGGAGAGACCUGGAAGGCACAGAGGCUUCAAUAAGCUACGAGCUGGACCAGGAGGAAAGAGUCCUGCAAGAGAUUCUGGACAUGUUGGAGCCCAGUGGGAAUGAUCCAAAGCUGACUCCUGCUUUCCUGCUGAGCCUCUGUAUCCAGCACUCAGCCUCCACGUUCGAGCUGACACACUUCAGGCAGCUGCUGCUCCGGAUAGCCGGUCAGAUCCAGCUUGUUAUGUGGGAGAAGACAAAGGAACUUGCAGCAAUCCAGCCAGAAAUGAGCUCUGGUGAUGGGCAGCCAGAGAAUCUUCAACUGCUGAGUAUGGAGGAGCUGAUUCCAGGUCUGCAGCCACUCUUGCUGUGGAUGGCCAACUCCAUUGAAUUGCUGCACUUCAUCCAGCACGAAGUCCCUCAGCUGCUGCCCUGGAGGCAGGACCAGGAGGAUCGAGGUCUGUUUGACUCUGAGAUGUCCUCCACUCGAACAGCCUGUGAGGAAGCCAUGACAGUCCUGGAAGAAGUCAUCAUGUUCACCUUCCAGCAGUCUGUCUACUACCUAACAAAGAGUAUGUAUUCAGCCCUGCCUGGUCUGCUGGAUGGGAAUCCAUUCUCAGAGAACGGGCAGCUGCGAGUGCCUGAUGGGCUCGAAGGCAUCCUGGAGGUGCUGAAGGAGGUGCUGAAGCUUCUCACAGCCUUCCAGGUGCAUCCGGACAUCUCGUUACAACUGUGUGCCUACCUGUUCUUCUUCAUCAAUGCAUCACUGUUCAACGCCCUCAUGGAGAGAGGAUCUGUUGCUGGGUUCUACCAGUGGUCCCGAGGUGUGCAGAUCCGAGCCAACCUGGACCUGCUGAUGGACUGGAUCCAGAGCAUUGGUCUGGGCGAUCUGGCUGUCGAGUUUUUCCAGAAGCUUUCUGCUGCUGUCAAUCUGCUGGCCACACCCAAAGAAACCCUCCUGCAGGCGUCCUGGGCUUCUCUCAGGACUGAGUUUGCUGCUCUGAAACCUGCCCAGCUUCACCACAUGCUGAGGGAGUACAGCUCUGGAAAGGCCUGCCCUGCCGGAUGGAACCCAUCAGUGGAUGAUGCAGAGGACGCUGUCAGGACGGCCGACAUCCUGGAGAGCUUCGACAACCACCCGCCGCUCAUCCUGCCCAGCAGCACGUUUCACCUGGAGCUGGGUAAACCUAUCGUGGAGCCGGCUCUGUUUGAGCAGCUUGGUCGUCUACAAGAGUUCAUUCGCCGGCUGCCCCACAGUGAAACCCAAACCCGAGCCGAUGUGGAGGAACAGGCUCUCAGCGGGACGACAACAGACAGCCAGUCUGCGACCUCGCCCUCUGUCAGAGUCUUCCAAGAUCCUGCCCAUCAGGUGGUCUCUGACCCAGCUACCUGUCCCACCCCUGAGGCAGACUUGCGCCACUGUGCAUCCCCUACAGAACCAGCUCAGGCCAGGGGAUCUCAUGGGGACCUGAGUAGCUGUGAGGCAGUCCUGACCCAGAAGCUGAAGAGCCUGGAGCUGCAGAACACCCUCCCAGGACAGGCUGACAUGGGCUACCAUAAGAGCCUGGCGCUGGACCCGUCCUGCCUGCUCACGCCACCCAACACCCCACAAGGUAUGGAGCUGGCUGAGCUGGAGGCUGACCUGCAGGAGGGUGCCCGCCAGCUAAAGAAAGCCAGUGGAAGUGCUGAGAGGAAGACGGUAAAUGUGGAAACAGAAGAAGACAGAGAGGAAGUGUUCACAGUGGAGCUUCACAGAGGACCUCAUGGUCUUGGACUGGCGCUCGUAGAUGGAAUGAAAACGCCGCUGAGAAUGAGUGGCAUUUAUGUGAAGUCAGUGGUUCCCGACUCUCCGGCUGCCAAGUGUCAGAAACUGAGAACAGGUGAUCGCAUCCUGGCUGUGAACGGCAUCAGCCUGGUUGGGAUGGAAUAUAACACGGGGAGAGAGCUGAUUCGAUCAUCAGGAGACUCUCUCAGGCUGCUGGUCGCCAAGAUCGACGCAAAAACAAGCGUCAAGGCCUCGGCUACGACUAAAUGCUGAAGGAAGAGCGCUGGUGGACGAUCAAGUGCAAUUGGGAAUACUGGAGGACGUGAGGUUCAUCCUUCCUGCUGCAUCCAAAGUCAGUAUUUCUCACAGGAUGGAUUCCCCAACCAAAGGAAAACACACUUCCUGCUUUUUAUUUCUCACUCGUUGUGGAAUGGAGCUUCGUGCGCAAAGAGCGUCGCGACAAUCAACCAAAGACUCUGCGAUCUCACACCAAACUCAGACUGUGGGCGUUUCGUUGGCAGACGGAAGGCGAAGUUUUAAAAAGCUCAUUUUUGCUGUCCCAGCCUCUUUCUGGCCUAUAAACAAACUCUGCUCGGUUCUCGUGGGGAAAGUAGGCGUCUGUGGCGAUUUGCAGUUGAGACACAUCUAUCUGAAUGUCUGACUACACGGGAGCAUCUGCGGGAUGGUGCACGUCUGGAUUCAACUGGAAUUAUUUUGAAAUUCAUUUUUAAAUUAUGCUUAUUUCUACUGUGAAACUGUACAUUUUACACUUCAAAAUCAAACAUCUUAGCUGGUCAUUUAGUCUGUUGAGGAGUCAUUAAGGUUAAAAACUCUGCCUGCGGGCAUCAGGAUGGAAUGAUUUCAUCUGUUUCAGAUAUGUUCGUCAGUAUUCUUACUUUUGAACGAGAAACUUACCAAAACAGGAAACUCAAUAUGAUUUUCAGUGAGUUGUAGCAGCUGGUCAUUUUCAUUGUGGCCUUCAAAGCGUCACAGAUCUUUACACUGUAAAAUGUCCUCUUGUCUUCGUGCAGGAAUGACUGUAAUCAGGGUUCUCAAGGCCGCUGUUCUCCUUAUCCUGCUGCCUCGGAUCUCUUACUAUGCAAAAAGACUGGACAAAAUCUGCACCUGAGUAUGCUGCAAGUGAACCGUCAUUUGAAUUUCUAGCAUUUAAUUCAUUUUUCAACACACACACACACACAAAAAAACCUAAGUAAGUGUUGCCUAAAGCCUCAGAUAACUAAUAUAUAUAUAUAUAAUAUCAUCUGAGUGCUUUUCCAGUUGUUUGUGCAAAUCAGCAAAUAUUACGUUUACUAUAACAUAAGAUGAAUAUGUAACAAAUGUUCACAUAUUCACAUACGUUUGGUGGCAUUUUUGUUUGAAAAUGACACAAAAUCCUGUAUUUUCUUAAGUCAGUUACUCAUCUCUGUGUUGCUGCUAUAUUACAGCUAACAGGCUACAUUACAGUUUGUGUCCUUGCUGAUGUGUCUGAGUCCUGCCCCUCGUACCCAUGACUAAAACUAAUCCUUUGCGAAGAAUAAAUGCUGGAAAGCUUAAGCAUUAUAUCUUUAAACUCCUCAGCUUCAAAUCCCUUUGAAAACCCACUUCAAUAAUAAAAGCAAACAUAUGCUAAACAGCUAAAACAACUCACUUUAUUGUAGUUUAGAUCAAUAUAUUCUACUGUACAUAUGAAAAUAUGAAGAACAAUGUUUGUUAUAAUGUUCAGCUUUUUCUGCUUCACUCUGUCGACUCUUCACACAUAUAAUACACUAAUGCUGUAUGUACUGCAGGUUUAAUGGAUGAAAGAUUCCCAAAUUAUAAAGCUGCUCAUCAAUAAGCAGCUGAUUUAAAAAAUAAAAACAAAUAUCAGGAGAUUCUUGUAUGUCCAACAAAUUCCGAUCACCUGAAGUCUGUUUAUGUUUUCCUCCUUUGUGUAAACAGUGUUAAAGUUCACUCAAAGUAUUCUGUUUUGUAAUAUUUAUAUUUCGCAGUAUUUUAUGGAAUAAAUAUUAUUUUUGACUUUGAAAA